GUUGUUUCCUUGUCUCUGGUUUGGGGUUUCUUCUUUGUCUUGCCAAAGCUGUCAGACGGCUGUGUGCCAUAUAUAAGCCUUUUAGGAUUAUAAUAUGUUUUGAAGUGAUAACUGUUCACAUUAAUCCCUCUCUUUUACUGUAAGAGUUGGCUUUUUUAAUAUGUGUGCUGAUUAAAGAAAAAUAAGUAUUUUUGUAAUGUCUGAACUUUCUGUGUGUAAUUUGCUGUAAAGUUCUGAAGAUUUAGCCCACCUGUUUGGGAGGUGGCUAAAUAGUGAAGAACUGGAUUUACAUGUAAUUUCAGAGUGAAAGAAAAGAUUAAAUAACACUGUGUUACCAUCUAUCUUAUUUUUUAAAUAAAACAGAUCCAAAUUGAGCUUGUGUGGCAAGGGACCAUCACAGUAAAAUCAUUAUUAGAUGUUAUAUUACAAUGGCUUGUAGACAUUUAGCAUCGCUGUCAUUUUGUUCAGAUCUGCUCCCUUGGUUCCCAUUUCCUAAAUCCUAUUUUUCUUUGAUACCAGGGAAUAAUUCCCCGAGUGUUGUCCAGUGAUUGCUUAUGUAUAUGCACUUUGGUUUGUGAGUCAUUUUAUUCACUUGAGUAGCCCCACUGUCCUCGGUGGGCCUACAUGCGUGCCUAAGAACUUGAGAAUGCUGAUGAGCAUAAAGAAUACAAUUUGGGCAUGUAAUGGUUGACAAGCAGUUGUUGUUUUGUUUCUUGUCUCUCUUAGGACUCAUUUGCAUUGCCUCCAGUGGCAACUUUUGUGAGCAUUAGUAGGGAAGGUCUAGAAGCUGGAGGCAGUCAUACCAAAUCCCAGCCUGCAGAGCUUUCUCAUAUCCAUUGUAAUGACAUAGAUUGCAGAUGCAAGGAUAUAUUUUUCUCUUAUUUUAAAUAAAUCCAUGCAUUGCUUGACUUUACUCAAAUACAACAUUGGUCUGUGUAGUGCUGUUUGAGCAUCUUCAACACAAUAGAAUAUAGCCAAGUGAAAUCACUAGAAAAUAUAUGCACUUUUUAAAUUGUAGGGAUUUGGAUUUAACCAGAAUCAGUGCUUUGGAAAUAACCAGAAAUUGAGAUUAGAAAUCCAUUUUUUCCCCCCACAAUGUUUUUCUGUUUGACUUUUCAACAAAAGAAGUUGAAUGUUGCUGUAGUGCAUCUUAUAGUUGUCCGAGCAAUUGUAUUUACAGAAAAGUUAAUGGUAUUACUUGCUGGUUGCAGAAUCAGUAAGACAGGCACUUUGGAAUUAAAACAUAAUUAAUUAAUUAGCAAUUUAAAACUGGAGAAUUGUGAUCAGCAGCAGAUGGUCUCUUAUACAGCUUUAAUAGAGCUUAGUAGACAGUGGCUUUUGUGGCGACAAGCCUUUUGAAAUCUUUCGCAUCUUCAAAGUAAUUCAGAGCUUUGGUUCAAGAUUGUUUCUUCUUUGUAAAAGGAGUUCUAUUUAGUCAGAGUUGCGGAAGCAUAAACUCUGAAGAAGGAUGUUGCACCAAGUGUUCAACUUGCCAGUAAGGUGGUUAAGCUAAAGAUUUGAGAACAUGUUUGUCAGUGUACACACAUGGCUGGUAAUCUCCACACAGUUUGCAUUCUGUCUUCUGUUUCUAACCUAUAUUAUAAAGCAGUUAUGGGCAGUCGUUUUUUUUGGAGUAGGGAAUAAGUUUGUUUACUAGUUAUGAGCAUUAAUUGUGGAAUACCUCUGUUGGUAUACCAAGCUUUCUUGCAUACAUAAAUCGCUUUGUUGUGGAGUCCAGUAGUGUCUUGAUCAGAGGUUUGUUAUUGUCACUGGGAUUAGAGUUCUUGUUUAAGUCAGAGUUCUGGACCCUUAGGGUAGACUUUCUCCAAAAGAGUGCUGCUUUAAAAACAUAUCUGCUGGUCUUGUUGAUGCUGUGUAAUCUUUGUGAAUUAAGAGACAGUGGAGCAGAAGGCAGCCAUGCUUUAGUUGAGCUUGCAUAAAAGGAAAAGUAUGUAGCUAGAAUGAAUAAAUUGUGUCUUUGUUUAAGUCUGUGCAAGUCUGAGACACUUCAAAGGAUGCAACUCACCUGGAGAUGCAUAUGAGAAUUACAUACUAAUAGCAAGUGUAAGUAUCUUGUCAAAAGAACAAGAUGGUGACUCAGUGUGAGGAGGGUUGGCAGAGGCAGCCUUUAAUUGAGGAGAAAUUGGUCACUGUAAACCAAUUAUGUCUUAUUUUUAAUGAUGGGUUUCAGAGAACAGCAAAUGAGUGCAGUAUGAUCUUGGCUGAUAACGUGUGCUUUUCUUGUUGGAUAAAAACCCAAAAGCCUGAGGAUAUGAAGUUGUUUGCAGAAGUUUCACUUUUUUUUCCCCUCACCCUCCUCUGAAGAGGAAAAAGUAGGCUAUGCCAGUGGAAGAAACUCCGCUUUUUCUGUUGGUAAACUGAUCAAUGUUUGAACAUAUUUUGUCUUCGGGGACUAACACAGGGGUUGGUAACUUGCAGGGUAGAGAAGCAUCCCUCACUCUUUCUGUACCUUGGCAUUUAAUAUUAAAAGCAAACUUUUAGGUUUAACAUAUUUGAACUUGUACUAGAUAGGGUUAAUAGGCUAGAACAAAAGGUCAAAGCAUAAGGCAUUAGGCUUAAUUAAGGGAGAGCAAGAGUGGCGGGAGUAUGUGACAGUUAAAUGGGUUUCCCACAGACUAAUGUCUGUUACAGUGCAACCAUGCCUCAACUUAAGUGGGUUAUUUUGUGCAAAGGGCAGCCUCGAUUAGCAGUUUGACAUGCCAGACGUUUCUGGCCAAUCCCAUCUGUUUUGGAGGUUAAAAAGCAUACCUUUAUGAGUUGAUUGAUUUGUGUGCCCGUCUGGUAAAGAUUAGGAGUCCAAGGCCGAUGCUGUAAAUGCCAGUUAGAGAAUAUUGUACUUUCUUAGCCGCUCUUUGUUUAAACUGUGGUGCAAUGGGGCCAGCAGCUCUAGAAGUGACCGCACGGCAGGAGUGCCACGGUGAGAGCUGGGAACCAGAAACACUCAGGGAGGAGCGUUUCCUCCUUCCUCAGGGAGGAGUGAACACCAGAUUCACAAAGAUCCUGCAUUGACAUUUGAAAGGAAUUUUAUGUGCUUGGUGGAGAUGGAAAAGGAAGAAAAGCAAGCUGGCCUCCAGAAGAAAGAAGGCAGUGAAUAUUUAAUGGAACUUUUUUUCUGUGAAGCCAUGUUUUGAGUGUUCCUCCUAGACUUCAUCCAUAAUAUCCUAGAUAUCAGCUGAUUGCUAUGAUUGGAAACCUGGCUCAUCAAACAGUGUACACUGGGAGAAGCCUGCCUACAUUUUCUAUUGUUUCUGAAAGUCUCUAAGAAAACACUGUAGACAUCUACCUGUUAUUAACUCUGCAUCUUGAUUGAGCAAAACCAGUAUUUGAAGUGAACAGAAACAGAGCCUUUUUGGAAACUUUUAUUGAACAUGACUCAUGGAGAAGAGCUUGGCUCUGAGAUGCACCAGGAUUCUGUUGUUCUAACUUACCUAGAGGGAUUACUAAUGCAUCAAGCAGCAGGAGGCUCAGGUACUGCAGUUGACAAGAAGUCCACUGGGCAUAGUGGGGAGGAUCAAAACUUUAAGAUUUCAGGAAAUAGAUUUCCCAGCUGUCAGAGUAAUGGUCCAGUUCUUAACUCAAAUACGUAUCGGGGAUCUGGCAUGCUGCACCUCAAAAAAGCAAGACUGUUGCAGUCUUCAGAAGACUGGAAUGCAGCAAAGAGAAGGCGGUUGUCUGAUUCCAUUGUGGAUUUAGAUGGAAAAAAGGAAGCUUUGUUGGCUGGCAUGGUUGAAAAUGUGCCUAAAGGCAAACAGGAUAGCACAUUACUUGCCUCUUUGCUUCAGUCAUUCAGCUCUAGGCUGCAGAGUGUUGCUCUGUCACAGCAGAUUAGACAGAGUCUUAAGGAGCAAGGGUAUUCCCUUAGCCAUGAUUCUUUACAAGUGGAAAAAGAUUUAAGGUGCUAUGGUGUUGCAUCCAGCCACCUGAAGACUCUGCUGAAGAAGAGCAAAGCAAAAGAUCAGAAGCUGGACAACAGCCUGCCUGAUAUCACUAAGAACCUGCCCAAAGAGAGGUUUAUCGAAUCUCCUCAUGCAGUGCAGAGCAGCCCCAAGGUGAUGAAUGAGCCCCUGUCGUGUGCUGCGAGAUUACAAGCUGUUGCAAGCAUGGUAGAGAAACGAUCCAGUCCUGCUGCUUCGCCCAAGCCCAGCGUAGCGUGCAGCCAGCUGGCUUUGCUCCUUUCCAGUGAGGCCCACUUGCAGCAGUACUCCAGGGAACAUGCUUUAAAAGCACAAAAUGCCAAUCAGAUUGCAAGCGAGAGACUUGCAGCAAUGGCCAGACUACAAGAAAGUGCUCAGAAGGACAUAGGCCAGUUUGGUUUGGCCAAAGGAAUGACAAGCCAUCUCAAUGGUCAAGCAGGAUCAUCCCCUAAAACAGUCGCUAGCAAAGGCAAUAUGGCACCGUUUCAGAAUUCAGUGGGAAUCAUGCACUCACCUCCCAAAACUGUGGGAUACAAAAGUACUGUGGAAAGGAGUAACCUGAAAACCUCUCCCAGCAACAGUUUGCUCUUACAUCUGCUGAAAAGCCAGAAUACCACCAAGCACAUGAAAGGGCGUGAGCAAAGUGAGAGAGCCAGCAUUUUUGAAGACAGCAGCACACCAACAACUGUUGAUGAGUAUUCAGACAACAAUCCCAGUUUUACAGAAGACAGCAGUGAUGAUGAAAGCUCCCAUUCUAACUGUCUUCCUAUAGACCUCUCCUUUAAACAGAGGACAGAUAAACCAGAUGCAGGUCCACCUGCAUCACUGGAUAACCUGACUCAGUCCUUGCUUCGUAACUGGGAUCCAAAAGUUUCCUGUCCGGAGAACAAGGAAGAGAAAGACACUCCGAAAGCCUCUAAGCUAAAUCCCCACCAGAAGGUAACACUACUUCAGCUGUUACUUGGGCAUAAGAGUGAAGAACAGGUAGACAAGAGUAAUGAUCCUCAGGGACCACACAGUACAGCUGAUGUGGCAAAAUUCACUGUACAGACUGGGAAAAGGACUCCUGUUGCUGACAGUCCCAGUGCCAACCGAAUGACUCCGUUAAGCACUCCACCCUUGCUGGCUUCUACAAAAGCAGACUCUCCUAUAAAUCUCUCACACCAGUCGCUGGCUGUCAAGCGGAGCUCGCCGCCCUAUGCCUGCAGCAUCCAGCCGGACAGACUGAUGAAUUCUGCAUCUAAACACUUGAUAGACCUGUCCAAAAGCAAGGAAAUCCAAGGAGCUAAGCUGAACAGGACUGAUAGUCCCCAGAACUCCUCAGCAUUCAGUGCCAGCAAGCUGCUGCAGAACCUGGCUCAGUGCGGCAUGCAGAGUUCCAUGUCAAGUGAGGAACAAAGAGCUAGCAAACAGCUGCUGGCAGGGAACAUGGAUAAACCUGUGGGCUUGAUUGAUAGAUUGAACAGCCCUCUGCUUACGAAUAAAUUGAGUAUGCAUGAAGAAAAUAACAAAAUAUUCAGUUGUCAGCCCGCACCCGCACCGGCUGAACAAGGACUUCCAGGUUCGGAAAUAGAAAAUCUCCUUGAAAGGCGCACUGUCCUUCAGCUGCUUCUGGGAACUCCCAAUAAAGGUAAAAGUGAAAAGAAAGAGAGGAUGCUUUUAAGAGAUGAAAGUUCUCAAGAACAGGCAGACAAGGCUUUGAAUGAGCAAAUAUUGACGGUGAAAAUAAAAACUGAACCAUCUGACGAAUCAAAUGUUCCUUAUAAUUCAAAUGCACAACAAGUAAGAGAAUGCAAGGGUAACAAAUUCCAAGGGUUUGUUCAUUCACUGCAGAGAAACACAGCUGCUUCUCCAGCAUCCGAGGAGGUGAAAUCUGAGCCUCUUUCACCUCAAGAUUUCUCUUUUUCCAAAAAUGGCCUGCUAAGUAGGUUGCUGAGACAGAAUCAAGACAAUUACCCUGCAGAUGAGCUGGACAGGAGUCACCGAAACAACGAGCUGACACACCUUGAAUCCAAGAGUCUUUGCACAGUACCGAAGAAGAGGAAGCUUCAUGCUGAGCCUUUGGAAAGCCCAUUAAAAAAGGUGAAAAGUAGUGUGUCUGAUGCUGGAAACAAUCACACUUCUCCUACUGAGGCGCUGUACGGGCCUUUGCUUAACCAGCAAGAACUGAAAUUCAGCAGAAAUGAUGCUGAAUUUAAAUAUGCUGUAAGUCAUGGUUCAAAUAGUGAAACUGAAAAUAGGAGUUGGUCUAGAGAUAGUAAAGGCUUUAAUGUGUUGAAACAGCUGCUUCUCUCAGAAAACUGUGAGAGAGAUCUGUCACAACAUAGGAAUAACAUACUAACAGAGGGCAAGAAAAAAGGAAACAAAACCAGUGCAACAAUCAAUAAACCUGAAUUCACCAUUUCUUCAGUAAGAUCAUUGGUGGGAAGCCCUGUGCAGCAGAACAAUUGUGUAGAUCACAGAACAUUUCAGUAUCCCGUAGCAGUAAAAAGUCCAGCCAGCUCCCCCUUCCCUGAGCAUGUGGGGAGUACGGUGUCCAGGCUGGAGUCUGACCAGUUCAGCAUGUGUUCCAUGCCCAGUGAGAAGGGCCCCAUCAGGUGGGUGAUCACGGGCAUGGACAAGAAUGAUUAUGAGAAAGACUCUCCGAGACUGACCAAAACCAAUCCAAUAUUGUACUACAUGUUACAGAAAGGUGGCAGCUCUGUCAGCAGCCAAGAAGCACAUGACAAAGAAAUUUGGAAUGAACCCUCAUUUACCGAGAGCUCAACUCGGGUUACAAUCAAAGAGGAGUUGACAUCUGACGCAGAGCUCAAAACUCCUUUCACUAACUUAAGAAGCCCUUACAACAGCCAUAUGGGGAGUAACACCUCUCAUCAGCAUGGUGGUGUGAAUGGAGAAGUGCAUGGACUUCUGGAAAAAGUGCGAACAAUCAAAAAAGAGCCAGAAUAAACUGCAGCCUCCUCAGUGAGUUUACAAUCAGCGGUUUUGAAUCUUUGUUUAAAAAAAAAAAAAAAGAAAAAAGAAAAAUGAGUAUGAACUUCACUACUGUAUAAAUUGAGCAUGAUUUAAAAAGAAAAGCAUGGUCUAAUUGAAAUGUUUUCAUUUGAUAAACUUUUUAUUUUUCUGGUGAUGUUAUUUAAAAUACAUGUAGAUAAAAUUUGCUUUACAGUAGAUUGUCACAAGGAAACUAGAAGGGUUGUAAUUUGUACAAGACAUUUCUGUAUGUAUCAGAUUAAGUUAUGAGUACUCUUUGAUCAGAGUCUUAUUUGGAUUUGCAAGCUUUUGGUAUAACAUAAAGUGUAAGCGUACGGCCUAGGUGAUGGUAAUGCUGCGUUUCCUUCCUCCCUGUAAAAUAAUCCUUAUUUUUUGAAGCCUGAGCAUAGAGACAGCAUACUUUUUUUUUUUUUUUUUGAAUGUUUUAAUAUGUUUUGUGAAAUUUUAAGAAUAACUUUUAAGAAGUGGAGCAGUCCGUCCAAGGUAUUAGCUCAUCAUAUUGGAAAACCUGCGUCAGUGUUAAUAAUUGAAGUGCACUGAAAUGUAUUUUUUAGUGCUUCCAAAAUUUGUAUUGUUAUUUUUAAAUCUUGUUUGUGGUCCUGCCAGAAUAGUGGUGUAAAAUCUAUUUUUCUUCCUUGCUCUGCUCUCAACAAAUGCCUUCCUCAGAAUUCUUAGCCAUAGUUAUGAGUUACUAGUUAGAAUUAAGGGGUUUUUCUAGGUUUUUAUAAAAAGGCGGAUUUUCAUAGGCCGUGCAAAUACUGCAUGAGUCCUUUUGUCGGCACAUUCCUGUCGCUUUCCUGCCUAAAAGGGGAAAGCCAAAAUGCCUCUUGGAGUAGUGUGAUUGAGAAGGCUUAGUACGUGUAUUCAGUGAGGAAAAUGCUGGAAAGCUGAUGAAGGGGAUGAACAGAAUUGUGUGUUCAGCACCAUCCUGCUUCCCUGUGGAAGAGUACCAUCUGCACUAAAGCAGCACAUCAGACUUCCACUCUGAGAUGGAAUAGGAUUUUAAUGAAAAAUGUGUUGGCCUCUUCCUACAACCAGGGAAAAGAAUCUAUAAUCUGCCAAUAUUUAUUACUCUCUGAACAGCUGAUACAUGGUUUAAUGCACUACCCUUUCACUGCAGAAAAUCUGGCUUUAGAAUAAUUUUCCAGGUAGCACUGAGGAUAAAACUGUGGUUUUGUCAUGUUCUGUAAUGGAUAGUGGGAUAUAUCUGAGAAAUCCUUCCCUGCCCUUUUCCUCAAUCCCCACCUGUGCUGUGAUUUGUAACAUCUGGCAGUAUCAGCCUGAGAUGGGAGGAACUGAAAAUUGCAGUCAGAGCUGAGACAUUUUAAAAGAAUUGCUGGCUGGGGAAGAGUCGUGUGGCUCUGCUUUCCCGUUAGCACUGUCAGUGUUAACUCCAUUUGCAGCCCUUAUUUCUCUGGGGGCAGGAAGAGGACAAAAUCCAGUUGCUCUAAAUUAUAUGAAUUAUAGGCAAGCAGAAGUUGUGCUCAACUUUUUACUCCCUUUAAAAAAAAAAAAAAGUUCUCUGUGGCUUCUUGAUUUCACAGAUAAUCCUCUCUGCCAUCAGGAGGCAGCUAAGCAGUUGGCUUGCACAAAUAAUGGAAGCUGCACUCUUAUUUAAUUUUGUCUUGUUUUCACCAUUGCAAAGCCAAUGACAUGACAAAACUGCUGUUUGUGUCCAUCCCAUGUCUGCAUAGCAGACAUGAGUGACGGGACAUUUUGCUCUUUUCCAUCUGGUUUGGUUUCAGAGAUCCUUUUCCCAGACUCCUGGCUUGCUGAGACAGAGCAAGCUGUUGUCCCCCUCUUGUUCCUGUCCCCAGCCCGAGAUCAGUUCCUCCUCUUUCCAGUGCAGUUCCUGCUGAAAGGGACUUCUUCUGUCUGACAGCUGGAAAAUGCACCACUAUUCUGUUUUGCCUCCCUCCGGGGGAUACCUUCUUUUAGGGAACACAAAUAUUUGGCAGUAUCUGGUAUAAAACAUUCCCCCUGGUUUUUAUGAGAAAUAACAGAGCAAUUUAAAGAUAUAUUUUUAUGUUACUUUGGUGAAGCAUAAUAUAUUAAUGGGCUGUACAAAGAAGAUUUAUAUUUUAAAACCUUCACACAAAUCUAAUAUCAUUUUAAAUGUCAUUGUCUGAAGUAUAAUAUAAAAAUAAAACUUUGUUUCUCUUUAAUAUUGCAUUUAUAAGUAGCCCAAUGACAAUUCAGAUGUCUCAUAGAAUAAUCAUUAAUGAAAAAAAGUAUAUUUUGGAUUGACAGUGAAACUGAAUUCUUUUUAUAUGAGUCAACCCAGCAGAAAUAUUAAAAAGAUGGUAUUUGUUCCAUCCAUUAAAUGUCUUUUAAAGUCUUAAUUGAUUAUUUUUCUUGAAACAAUGUGUAUAUAGGUAGGAAAUAUAUACAAUAUAGAAUAAUAGAUGGUCCCCAGACUAAAUACAGGGCUAUAAUUUGCUUGAAGAGCUCCACAGAAAAAUGCAGUGUGAGAGGAUGUGGAAUUAUCUGGUGGAAAAAACUUCUCCAAAGCUAAGUUGAAAUGAAGAGUGGAGAAGAGAUUCUGACCCUAACAAAAAAUAAUACUGGAAUCGAGCAAUGCGCUGAACUUUGUAUUUAAUCUAGGGUAGUCUAUUGUUAUAAUAUAUACCUUUGAACAUUUAGUUUUGAAAGUUUUGUAAAACAGUAAAGUUAAAAUGUUAACAGUUUGACCAGUUAAGGAUUUAGCUUUCUUUUUAGUUGAUGUUAACAAAAGGGUAUUGCCAUUCUCACAGACGUCAGUAAACUCUAAUAUACAAGAAUUUAAGUUUGAGACAUGGUGUUCAUGGAAGAAUCUUUUCUCCUGUAGACAUUGCACUCUCAAACAGCAGGUAAGGCCCUUGAGAGAGGGCAGGAGAUGCCAAGGGAAUGCUCAGUCAGCUGCUAAGAGGGCAACUUUCUUCUCCUAUGUGGAAUUCUCCAGUAUCACUGGUGUUACUCUCUCCCUAGAGAAGAGAGGUCUUCUUUGAAUCUACCCCAUCCACAUUUACAGCAUUGACACCUUAGGACCAAAGGCUCUUUAAUUACUUCUUGUCUUGUAGCAUGGGUGAGUAAAAAGGAGUUGCUAUUUUUUUCCUUGGGGACUUUUCCAUCAGAAAAGAGGGGUGUGGGAGCUGGGUUUGUUGUCCCAGGAGGGACUGGUAGGGCUGGCCACGUUUUCCCAAGCAAGAAAAGAUCCCUGAUUUCCAGCAGUCCCUGUAGAUGAAUUGCAAACCAAGGUCAUCUCUUGAGUAGCCCUUGGUAACUCUCAGCAACUCCUGUUUCCUCUAGGCCUUUAGACUACAGAUUUGGAGCAAAAUGGGGUCCUGGCAGAUCUUGGCAGCAGCAGCUGUUUGGGCAGAGCAGUGCAGGAUCAAUGGGUGCUGUUGUGUGAUCUUGCCAUCUCAAAGGAGCAGGGAGGGAAGGGAGGGCAUAUCCCAGUUACAGCUAGCAGAGACUGCUGGGGGAAAGCUGGCUCCAGCUCUCAGUGAGGAAGCGAGUUAGGGAAUUGUCUCUAUACUACACUGAGAGUGCAGUUGCAGCCCCUUGGAACUUCAGCCUGAAUCAACUCUGGCCCCGCUUGGCUGGGAAGGCCUGGGGCUGCAGCAGUUGCAUUGUGGAGACCCUGGUGCCUUGCUCAAGGGGCAUCACCAGCGCCUGGUGGAGCACCCAAACCCGCUGGAUUUGGGGAUUGACUCGGAAUUGCCAUGCAGAUAUGCCUUUUCUUUCCACAGGGAGGUGUCUGGGACUCAGAUACCCACGUUUCUAGUGUCUCUUCUGCCAAAGCUUGAGGAAAAGAUGGUGGGUAAUGCUUGACUACAGAAUCAAAAGUGGAGAGCUGGAGGGCUUCUCUACUGAUACUACACAGCUGGGCAGCUCAGUUUGAGAGGUUUAUAUGAGAUCAAAAGGGAAUUCAGCCAUAACUUUUACUUUUCGUAGCCAUUUACUCUUAGUGAAGUUUUUAAAUUUUUGAUUUACAAAUGUUUUUAAAAGAAAGAAAUGAGCGGUUUAAAUUUUCCCUGUUAAAUGUUGGUGAAAGUAUUACAGCUCUCAUUGACGUCAGUGACAUGAUAUUACCAGUUUGUUCUCUGCCACAUCUUACAGAGGAGUAAACUGGUAAGUAUAUAUUAUAUAUAUAUUUAUAUAUAAUGUAAAUAUGUUGACUUGUUACACCUAUAAUAUGUUGAAAUUGGUUUUUAAAAGGUGAUGUAAAUAGUGGUUUCCUUAAUGAAAAAUACAUAUUUUGUAUUGUUCUAAUGCAAAGGAAAAAAAACUUUUAAUCUUUUUUGUUAUGUAUAUUCCAUGUAUAAGUGUAAAUAUGAUCACAUAGGUUUAAAAACUUUUGCAUGUAUGUAUACAGUUGCAAGUCUGGAAGAAUGUAUAGAAAAAUUCUUUUAUUUAAAGUUGUGAUUAACUGCUGCAUGAAAAGUGCAUGGGGGACCCUGUGCAUCUGUGCGUUGGCAAAAAAAAAAAAAAGUCUUAACAAGUCAGGUCAGUUCAAAACACAACAGUAUUCCACUUCUGGACAUGACUUCUGCUGUGGUAUUUUAGCUUUGUGAAAGAAUGUGCUUCAAUUCAAAAGGGUCUGGAAAAAAAAAAUGCAAACCUACUUUUAAUACAUGAAGUGCUCAUACAACUAUAAUAAGUCAUGUAAGUUCAGGACUCCAUUUUGCGUAAUUGAAAUAUUGUACCUGGACUAUUCCAUCCCUGUAAAACAAAGGAGUAUUGAUUUUCAUUGCCAUACAUAAGAAUUUGGGAUUUUACCACAACCAGUUUUAUUGUGAUGUGUCUUCAGUAAUUUAACUGGUCUCAUUUUUUUUAUUAGAAAUUAAUUUCCUCAUGUGAUGUCACAAAACUGUACAUACUGCAGUGUGAAGUUUUUUUAAAUCUUUCAGUGUUUACUUCCUGCAGAAGAUUUGAAUAAAUGAGAAAAAUGCAUUGUC